AUGGUCACCCUCUGUGUGCUGCAGAAGCGGGGCAUCACCAGGCUGCCGCCCUCAGCACCCAGGAAUGUCCACGAUGUCUCCACAGGGGAGAGGGUGUGCAGAGACCCCAGAGAGAGCAGCAAAGGGAUGGCCCAGCUAAAGGGAGACCCUGCACUUCCAGAGGGGCAAGAGACUCACAGAAAGGACCCUAAAGGCACUGGGGCCUCACAGGGGGCAUUUAGGCCCCUGGGGGUCCAGGGAGGCCUCUCUCCCUUUGUGCCCAGGCCUGGGCCUCUGCAGAGACCCGUCCCCCAGGAAGAGAGCUCAGAAGACCCAUGCGAUAAGAAGUCCACCUGCUCCCAUAGGAGCUCCUGCCCCACUCGAAAUGCCAUCACGAGUUCCUACAGUUCCACCAGGGGCUUCCACCCGGUGCAGAGGAGGAGGGGUCUGACCACAAGUCAGGCCUCGCGGCCCCCCGAGGUCCCCAAAAAUGUCAGCCAAGAGAGCCCCUUGUGUCCUUCUGGAGUGCCUUCACUUUGCCAGAGGAAGAACCAGCUGGAAAAGGAUGCCGAUACCACCACCGGGCAGAAGGGCUGCCUGUGCUGCCUGGGUAGUGGCAACCCGGGAUCCACUGCCCAGGCCCCAUUCGGGGCUGUUGGUGGGCAGUGGUCCAGAGCCAGCACCCUUCACAGCUCUCCCCAGCAUGGAGAGCCGGCAGCUCAGGCUCCAGACCCACCCCAGGCCCUGAGCACAGCUCUAGCCCAGCGAUCCUUGGGCAGCAGCACCCAGGAGACUUAUAUGGUUCCCUUACCCAUAUCUGCCUCCCAGGGCACCGGUGCCAGUGCCCAGCCAGUUUCAGCUACCUCCCCUGCUGUACUCGCCCCUGGAGCGGCCUCUGCCCCCGGCUUGACAGCUGCCCCCCAGGUGCCCAGCGCCUUGUCCCAUGCUGGGCCCAACAGCCACCAGCCCUGCCCCCCAGGUGGCAGCACAAUGCCGGCCCCCAUCAGCAUGGGGCUUUUGGCAGCACCCUCAGGUUUGGGGAGAGGAGAUGAUGUUGCAGACCUGUGCUCCAUCUUUGGGGCUCUCAGCAUCACAGCAGGAAUGAGCAGGGCCCCAAGCAGCCCAUAG